CAGAUGGCUACAUCUAGCCAGGAAUCUCCCACUUUCAAUCAAGCAGCCAUGCCGCGGGACGAAGAGCGCGUGUCGUCGGCGACGGCGACGGAGGACGAGGAAGCGGAGCUGGAGCAGAUGGACGAGCACUCUUCGCUGCGGCAGGGCGCGGCAGGUGACGAUCAUUCACCGCCGUCUUCACUGCAGAAGCCCGAGAAGCAGAAGUCCAACAAGAAGCUCAAGAAACUACCAGACGAUGACUCGGGCCCUGUUAAUGGCGCGUUACGUCAGGGUUCAGCUCCCCGGCUGAUGUCAAUGGAGAGUGUUGGUCUCAUCGCUCAGUAUGCGGCCGUAGGGCUGGUCUACGGUGUUUUGCCCAGCACCAUCACUCCCUUCCUGACCUACUACCUCAACAUGGAAGGCACGGCCACAACGUCGGCACGGGCGCUGAUUUCCAUCCCCUGGAGCUUCAAAGUCUUCAUCGGUGUGCUGUCCGACUGCUUGCCGCUCUUUGGGUACAGACGUCGACCAUACAUGGUGCUAGGCUGGUCCGUGACGGUUCUCUGUCUGCUGGCAAUGGCUGCUUCUCCACUGGAAGAACCCUAUUUUCCCGACCCAGAGAUGCGGAAAGUAAAGCCCACAGACUACUCGCUAGAAAUGGUACAGUCGCUGAAUAAGAGUGCGCCGAGCAGUGGAGCCAAGUACAUUGUGCUCAUGAUGUUUGCCACCCUGGGAUAUCUGUUCGCAGACGUGGCAGCGGAUGCUGUAGUGGUCGAGUACGCUCAGCGUGAGCCGGAAGAGACCCGUGGGCGUACUCAGACAGCGAUAUAUACUGUGCGAACGUUGUUUAAUGUGGUCGCACAAGCUAUCACGGGGUUUGGAUUGAGCUCGCCGGACUAUGGCGGCAGUUUUGAGUUCGGGAUUUCGUUCCCGGACACGAUGUUGUUGUUAGCAGUGUUCUGUCUGCCUGUGAUCCCGAUGACGUGGAUGUUUGUGCGCGAAGAAGUGGUGAAGGAGCGCCCAACGUUCAGGAAAUAUAUUGGCGAUUUGUGGGGUGCCAUGCAGAGUCGUGCCGUGUAUCAGGUGAUCGCCUACAGCUUCCUGUCUGGAGUGUUUAGCGGAUUCACGUACGUGGCGCAGGACCCAAUGACGUCGUACUGGGUGCAUGCAACGAGCUUCAACUUAAGUCUCAGCAGCAUAUUCGGUAGCUUUGUGACUGUAGUCACACUCACAUUGACCGGGAAGUAUGGACUGCAUUGGAACUGGAGAACGAUGCAAGUUGUCACGAUGCUGAGUGUAAUUGCACUUGAUGCUAUAUGCACAAUGCUGGUGACGUGGGAUGUUGUACGUAAGCAGUGGUUCUGGCUAGGCGUACCGAUUGUCGAAGCUGUACCGGACGCUGUGGGGUUUAUCAUUUCGACGUAUGUGGUUGUGGAGCUAGCAGGACAUGGCAAUGAAGGAGCAAUAUACGGUCUGCUGACCACCGUGAGCAAUCUGGGCGGGCCAUUUGCUCUUACGUUGACGAAGAAUGUGAACGCGGCUUUCAAAGUUUACAACGAAGAUAUCUUGAACGAUACGGACGAGGUGCGACGCGAUGUGACUAUUACCAUCUUGAUCUCGUACGUGAUGAAGCUGUUGGCACUACUCUUCCUUCCGCUGCUACCUCGUCAGAAAGCCGAGGCACAGGCUCUUAAGAGAUCAGGUGGGAGCAGUCGACGUAUGGGUGUGUUUACUAUUUCAUAUCUUUCGUUUGCGCUCAUGUGGGCGAUUUUGACAAACUUGUUGGGCAUCUUCGAGAGCACUCGAUGCUGGGUCAUCACUGGUGGUUGCAAGGAAUAAAUACGGAUAAUAAAAUGUGUAGGUUGCUGAUAUUUUUACCUUCUACUAAUGAAAUUUGCGU